UUACUGUGUUGCAGGCUUUGAGGGAUUCUCUGGUAGUGAUGAGAGGAGAGAAAGAAAAUCUGAUUUUGAGAAUUCUGAGGAUGAAAGACGCACAAGAAUUGGGUCUUUGAAAAAAAAAGCAAUAAAUGCAUCUACAAAAUUCAAGCAUUCUCUAAAGAAGAAGAGCAGUAGAAGGAAAAGUGAUGUCCGAGUCAGCUCUGUUUCCAUUGAGGAUGUUCGGGAUGUUGAGGAGUUGCAGGCUGUUGAUGCAUUUCGCCAGUCAUUGAUCAUGGAUGAGUUGCUGCCAGAUAGACAUGAUGACUAUCAUAUGAUGUUGAGGUUCUUGAAAGCAAGGAAGUUUGAUAUUGAAAAAGCAAAGCACAUGUGGGCUGAUAUGCUUCAGUGGAGGAAGGAAUUUGGUACUGAUACCAUAAUGGAGGAUUUUGAGUUCAAAGAGUUGAAUGAAGUUUUAAAGUACUACCCUCAUGGUAAUCAUGGAGUGGAUAAGGAGGGAAGGCCCGUCUACGUUGAGAGAUUGGGAAAAGUUGACCCUAACAAACUGAUGCAAGUCACAACUAUGGAUCGAUAUGUAAAAUACCAUGUACAGGAGUUUGAGAAAAGUUUUGCUGUCAAGUUUCCUGCUUGUACUAUUGCAGCAAAGAGGCAUAUCGAUUCAAGCACAACGAUUUUGGAUGUCCAUGGAGUGGGCUUUAAGAACUUCACCAAGUCUGCACGUGAUCUUAUUAUGCGGCUGCAGAAAAUUGAUGGUGAUAAUUACCCUGAGACUCUCCACCAAAUGUUUAUCAUCAAUGCUGGUCCUGGCUUUAGGCUGCUGUGGAACACCGUAAAGACUUUUCUAGAUCCCAAAACAACUUCCAAGAUACAUGUUCUUGGGACCAAAUAUCAGAGCAAAUUGCUUGAGAUUAUUGAUGCCAGUGAGUUGCCAGAAUUUUUGGGUGGUUCCUGUACGUGUGCAGAUCAGGGUGGUUGCCUGCGAUCUAAUAAGGGGCCCUGGAAGAAUCCUGACAUAUUAAAGAUGGUUCUUAAUGGUGAAGCACACCGUGCCAGGCAAGUUGUAAAAGUUUUGAAUAGCGAGGGGAAAGUAAUUGCUUAUGCUAAGCCAUCUUAUCCAAUGGUAAAAGGUAGUGAUACAUCCACUGCUGAGUCAGGAUCUGAAGCUGAAGAUAUUGCUUCCCCAAAGGCAAUAAAGAGUUAUUCACAUCUUCGAUUGACUCCUGUUCGAGAAGAAGCAAAGGCAGUUGGAAAGAGUAGCUAUGCUGCUGCUACUUUCUUAGGAUAUGAUGAAUAUGUUCCUAUGGUUGACAAAGCUGUUGAUGCUAGUUGGAAAAAAAAACCAGCCCUUCAGAGGGCAUCUUCUAGAGCAAAAUUAACCAUAUCUGACACUCCGAAGACUCCAGAAGGACUUCGUGCUCGAAUAAUGAUGAUGAUUAUGUCUUUUUUCAUGACAAUUUUCACCUUCUUCCGUUCUGUUGCAUGCCAUGUAACUAAGAGGCUUCCUAACACUUGCCCGAAAAAUGAUCCAAGUAUUUCUGAAGUUACCACUGAUACAGCCCAGAAGGAGGAAUUUCGUCCCCCUUCACCAACACCGGCUUAUACUGAAGCAGAUCUGCUCUCUUCUGUACUGAAAAGGCUUAAUGAGCUUGAGGAGAAAGUGGACACACUUCAAUCAAAGCCAUCUGAGAUGCCUUAUGAGAAAGAGGAAUUGUUGAAUGCAGCUGUUUGCCGUGUAGAUGCUCUUGAAGCUGAGCUUAUUGCCACUAAAAAGGCUCUUCAUGAAGCUUUGAUGAGGCAGGAAGAACUACUUGCUUACAUUGACCGUCAAGAAGAAGCCAAAUUCAGGAAGAAGAAGAAGUUUUGCUGGUAAGAUAUUCUCUAUCAGAGAGGCUUAAAAAAUCACUCGGCUGCUUCUAGGGUCAUUUCCUGAAACGUGCGCGCUGCACAACCCAGUUCGACGUUUUUGAGGAUGUAUACAGUUGAAAACAAUUUGAUCUCUAUCUACUGAUACGAAAUAGGAUGGUGUUUGUGAGAAAAGUUAUUGAUAAUUACUUUCUAAACCUAAAUUUUGUGUCUAUUAUUUCAUAUCCCACUUUCUCUCCAUGUAAUGUUUGAGACAAGAGGAUUUGGUAUAAUUCAAGGGUUUUCUUCACGUCACGCAUA